CUUUCGUUCGCCAGAAUUGUACACUUCGAUCUGAGACAUGUAUUAGGCAGGAUCCCAGCCUCUACUAAAGUACAGACAUGUGUGUAUCUGCGCGAUGAAGAUGUCGUAACGCGUAGCUCAAGAGACAAGAACUUACAGGAGACAUAUCUAAUUAGCUGCGUAAGACAUGCACCCCCAAUAGGGACGAGAACCGCAGUAUACCAAUAGUAAGCUUGGUUGCACAAGAGUUCACGAAGUAUGGAAAGCAGAUUCUUCGGAUCAAAAAGGGAUUUCCCGGUUUGUUUGGCAGACGUAGCAUUUUGCACGUAGCCAGACUGGCGAGGGACAGACAUACGCAAGUGGUUGGCGAAGAUCACGUAUGGCGCUGCUCGCAGCUCCAAAAGAAGGGAUGCGCUGUUUACUCUUGUUUGGUCAUGAACUCGCGCCGCUGUCGAAGAAGAGGGAACACAUCAGAAGCCAUGUCUACGGACAUCACCUCUAUGAAUGUCGCGUCCCUGAAGGCGCUCUGCAAAUCGCGAGGAAUCACAGGUUAUUCGAAACUGACUCGCCAGGCUCUCCUGGAGAAGCUUGGCGUCUCUCAGCCCAAGUCCGCUUUCCCAACAGCAAGUCAAUCCUCCCACAAGAGCGCUUCUGCUUGUGCACCAGAGGCGCACCAACCCACGCCACCCAGUGCGAGAAUCGUUACUGGUUUUGACGACGUGACAGAACAUGUUUCGGACGUUACAACUUGUAGCUCAGUUUCAGUUGCAUUGCCUGCAGUAGCUCAAAGUGGAUGCGGGCAUGUCCAAGACAAGGGAUUCAUUGUUCCUGUGAUGCAUCCCGAGUCUCGCGGAGCUGUUGGCACGUUUCCAUCCGUUCCGCUUGUCCUCCCUGGCGAUAGCUCGGAGCAUCUAUGCGACAGGAGACGAGACGUUUCUAAUUUUGCCCAGCCUAAGGCCUCUUUGGUGUCUAUACACGACUCUAUUUAUAGUAUACAGUCUCAACCAACCAUCUCCAAUGCCGGAGAUUCCUGCCAACGACGAAAAAGAGGGCCAGAGGACGCGAUGGUCGCGUCGACAUCAUCCAAAAAGCCCAGGGAAGCACCAGAGGAUCUGUAUGCGAGUCAAUUGGAUCUGGACCCCGUUACCCGCUGCCCAAAUCCUCUAGUAACGACUACUGGCAUGGAACUCUCACCUACUGGCGUCAAUGGAACCGUACCCGGAUAUGCUACACCGGAAAUCGUUCUAGAUUCUAGUGUCAUUUCGAACACUGUUUUAACUUCUAAUAUGAACUCGAGCUUCAGCGGAACUGAUUCUUCUAUUGGGACCAAAAAAGGCCCGCUUCUGCUGGUUUCGAAACCAUUCGUCCGCCACUAUCCAAGCCCGCCAAAACUUCCUCCUGCCAAACCUACCAGCUUUGCUCCCCAGCGAAAAAUUCCCAUAGCUUUCCCUGAUGCACCGUAUCCUCUUUACCAUCUUGAUUUCCCUCCGGCAUCUGAGCCCCCCCUGCCGAAGAGCCUCUCUGUGUCUCCACGUAUAUCCCAACGGUAUAUAACUGCCCAGCUCGCUGUAAUCCUAAUGGGGCUUUCGGACUCUGAGCGGGGUAUUUGCAUUUUGGUGUCCAAAGCCUGGAGAUAUGCAGUGUACCUGUCAGCUUUAUCGAUACUUCAACAUCGCUAUGCGGGUGACCGACUAGAGGAAUACCUCAAGCCUUUCAGGACAUCGCUUUCCCAACUGAAUCUUUGGCCGUAUCUUCGCUACCGACAAGCCGAACAAGCCAGCCGCCGAAAGGCUUUCAAUGAAUCCUUCUUGGGAAAUCAGUUCCUUGCUGGCCACUUACCUAUUGACUGUCGCCUGUGGUGCAGUCCGAACAACGAGAGGCAGAUAGUUGUUGCAAUAAGGUUUCUCGAAGCUCGUGUCUGGCUGUCCUCAAAAAUUAAUGAUCAACGCGUCGUCCGCUGGGCGUCCUCCAGCAUUAUUGAUGCUCAACCUCACGUGGCAGAGACUGAGACCUCGAACCCCGAUGUUUGGAAGAUUUAUGUGGAACACUCAACGACUGGACACACAACCCAGGAGGUGUUCUACAUUUUUGCUGAAACUGGGGAAGCCAUCGGUCACCCUCCUGAUGAUAGAUUCGCUUCACGGCCACAACCGGAGGCAGCUGCGUCAAUGGGGCGGCGAUCACUUAUGGAUAUGAUUCGUUGGACGAAUGUUGAAGAUUACGAGCAUGGGAUUAGUAGGCAUUGGCUACGUCGAAUGGCGAAAAGGGAAUUGCCUGGAACAAACACGUUGAAUGAGGCACUUUUGAAGGUUGCCAGGCGCUACAUACUCGCAAACGUUGCCGGAAACAGGCAUACAUUUGAGUCGAUCCACUUGAUGAAUACUCACGGAAUACCUCUCCAUCCUGCAAUCGCAGUAGUGCAGACACCUGCAAGGCAAUACUACAUUCUACGCGACACUGGUCAGGAGAUUGGUUGCGAAGAGGCCGGAGGCGUGUACUGGUGCUGGUUAGACGUCGUUAGGUGUCAAGAGGAUGGUGUGAGCACAUGAGUUAGUUGUGGCAUGUGGAUGAUAGUCCGCCGCUCGAAGAACCUGAUGAUUACGGUACGAAGACUUGAUGUGCAGAAGCAAAGAUAUUGAACGGGGGCGGACAGGAGUGGCGCCAAUGAAAAACACAAGGGUCAUGCAUGAGAAGCUUUACAGGAAUCUUACACAAUCGAUCCCAAAUUCCCGAGACUAUAUACGUACAGUCCGAGUAUUCGGCUUGUGAACCCAAGUAGUAUAGGCCAUCCAUCGUGAAACACUCUAAGCUUUACCUAUGUUUUCCG